UAAUUCAUAAUAAUAUCUAUUUCUGUUCAUUUAGGAAUUGCUGUAUAACAUAUGUUUUCAUCAAUUCUUGUUUGGUGUGUGCAAAUGUAGACGUAAACAAAAAUAGUUCAUUGCUUUGAUAUGCACUUUCACAUUACUGUUAUCAACUGAUUGUAAUGCAUUGCUGUUUUUAAAUCGAUAAAAACGUUGUCAACAUACUAGGAUUGUGUUAUCCCUUCAGUGUAGCUGUUAAAAACAAACAAUAUUAGCCUCGAGGUAAUCGUAAACUAUGAAUUGCAAACCAAUUUUAACAUACUCUGGCGACUCUCGUCUUUUUAAAAGCUUAGAGCCACACAUCACCAGCGCUCUCCCGUUGGACACUGCAGAAUGGAGACGCUCAUAUGGUCGUCCGGUAAAAAAUGUACGCGUUGAGGCAAGCUUCAAGCCUUUCGAUUCAGCCGUCCUAGAAAAGUACCGGGAUGGCAAGUGGAGCAUCAUAGAUCACCCUGUUAUUCACAUAUUCGUGACGGAGUGCAACGACGUCGAAACAUACCGUGCCUCGGUUAAGGAAGAAAUUGAUCAAUGGCUUAAAGUUUUGAAUAAUUACAACGUAGCUGACUGGAUGAUUUUGCUGGUAGAAACAUUGGACGUAAAAAAAUCCAAAAACAUACUUCCACGCACAACUGUGCUCGAUAAAAUACGAUUGGAUUUUGCGUCGAAAAAUGGCGAUCGCUGUCUAUCUAUUCUGAACCCUUCAAAGUUCGAAAUGAAAGCAACUGAAUCGUUUCGCUGUUUGCUGCAAAGAAUUCGACACUUGAUGUUGGCUGGAUACAACAAAAACAUUGUGAAGUAUGAAGAACUUAUACGUUCGAAUCGGGAGAAUCGAAUCCAAGAAAAUUGGAACUUCAUAGAUUACUUUCUGCUCCAAGAACAACUAGCCUUCGUUUUGGAAAUGCUUGGACAGCACUCCGAAGCGCUGGUGCAAUAUGAUGAGCUGGAUGCUUUAUUUUCACAAUUCAUCCUGAACUCUGUGUAUGGUGAGAAACAAAAGUGGCUAAGUAUCUUCGACCAGCCGUUGUAUGCUUUCCAUGGUAUUUCAUUGAAUGCGACCAAGAUGGAGGAAACCCGCAAGAAGAUUAUUAACCAAUCGGUGAAUUUAUUAGAGUUCAGAAGUUAUCUUUUCGAGCGACAAUGUUUGCUGCUGGACGCGAGUGGAACACCCUGGGAAAUCGCCGAACGUUUGCUACCUUUUUUAUUUUCCACGUUGAGAGAGAUUGAGGCACUCAAGUUGGAAACGCCCGAGGGUGCUUUAGCUUGUUGGGAAUUUAUCUGCGCUCUGGAGGUGCUUAACCUCUGCGAUAAGGUUCAAGAGUCGAAGGAUAUGCACAAAUGUUCUCAAUAUUCGGCUGCCAUAUGGAAUUUAGCCAAGGACAAACUGUACAGUCUUGGGAAGCAAUGUGGUUUACUGCCAGGCUGUACUCCAACCUCAGAGCAACUUCACACGGUUGUUCAUCUUUCCGCGGGGAUGGGCGAUAGUGUUCCCGAAACCGAAAGUAGCACGCUCCUGGAGACGGAAGCACUGCGCAGAACGGCGCAUUCUCCAGUGCGAAAACCGAAGAAGUGUGCAACAGACAGCUUGAAAGAAGCCCUCGGUUCAAAUCAAGCAUUCACCAAAUUGUAUCUGGAACUGAACGAAUUGGCUAUCAGCACAUACAAACACGUGUCGAGAUUGCGAUCCGCCCGAUUGGUUGGUCUCGAUUUGGGAAACUUCUACAUUACAUUGAACGAACCUCAGAAGGCUGUUGUGUUCUUCACGGACCUGCUGCGAGAGCUGAAAACCGAAAAUUGGCACCAUCUAGCAAGUCAAACGCUGCUGGAAUUGGCAUCCUGCUACAAAAAAAUGAAUGACUAUGUAAAUUACGUGAAAACUUGCAGCGCAAUAUCUUGCUGCCUUGAUUUGGAGAUGCUCGUGAGGACCUUUUAUUUCGACGAGUUCCUUAAAUCGCUAAAGACUAAAGAGAUAAGCAACAAUGGCGUUCCCAGCGUAAUUGCUGUUCUGGAAGAACACUUCAAGAUCGUGGAUAUAAAUGUGGCAAACACUUUCGUCAUCCAGGAUGAUAUGGUAUCGGUUGUUCUGAGAAUCGAAAGCAAUUUUCCGCGAGAAAUACUAUGUCAACAGUUGUUGCUCUCAUACGAAAUGGAUCCGAAAUCAAGCGCCGAUUCAGUCCCAUCACAAGUGGCCACCACGGAACCACUGGGUCUGCUCCCGAUAACUCUGCAUCUCGAUUACAAGCAAGAUCGGACACUAAGCUGCGCGUCGGUUGCAUGCGAUAACAAAGCUAAACAACCGGUCAGGAGAACCAGCAGCACCCGUCGGAAAAUUUCUCCGACGCAGCGUUCGGAUUUCACUAACCGUGUGGCUUGCGAAAAUCUGCUGAUGCAACCUGGAAUGAAUGUGCUGGAGCUGAAAACGAAAGCCAAACGCGUAGGUUCCUGGUCCUUCAAGCAACUAUCCGUUCAGGUAGACAGUAUUGAAUUUCUCUCGGAAAGUAUUCCACCAGGAGUACCCAGCUUUGAAAUCAUUACGAAAGCUUCGUCAGCUGUUCUGAACUUUAUGAAUCUCAUAGCGGGUGUUGAACAGCCGGUCAAACUCAUAGUUUCCGGUGGUAGCUUCCGCUUUCCAAAAGAUGCCCAAAUUGUGCUCAAAUGCUCAAAAAAUCUGCGGAUGAGAAUUUUGGCUAACGACAAUGGUCAACAAACAGCAUUCGAUCGUGAACUGUUGGUUAAUCUCCAUAAUUUCCAAUCAUUCGAAGAGCGAACUAUAGAAUUGGAGGCUCUCUGUGACCUUCCAGGAAGACGGGAGGAGAAACCGAUGGAACACAAGGUUACAUUACAAGUGCCGUGGAGUCGAAAUGAGAUUCAGAUUCCCCUGCACUUCCUUCCAGCACUGACGGCUUCCUGUCGCUUACACUCUUCAGGAUCGAAAAAAUUUCUCCAGGUCAUCCUCAAAGGAGUCAGUGAGCACAAGCUUAUCCUCAGAAAUGCACAUAUGGUAUGUGCUGCGGAAGGUGUGACAAUUAUUGAUAUCAAUCCAAAGUCCCAAAAUGAGAUCACCAUGAGUAAAGCCUUAUCAAUAUCAUAUCUUUAUGAGAUACAAGUGGAAGCGCUGAAGGCGGAACGGGAGCUACCGGUAAUUCAUGUUGACUACAAAAUGGAGUUUGCUGAUGUAAGCAUGCCCGAAAAUAAACGAUAUUACAUUCCUUACGUGGUGACAUUCGAUGUGAUGGAUUACACUACGCUGUUCACAAUUUGCGCAAAGGUAGAACCGUCCGAGCUAUGCAGGGUCAACUCAGUUUGUCAUCUCAAUUUGCGAAUAACGAAGGUGCACGAGAAUCCAUUCACCGACCUUAUGUACGAGGUACUUGCAGACCAAAACAUGUGGGUGGUUGUUGGACGAACAGCAGGUGUUAUCUCAAUGGAGGAUGUCGAAAGUCACAGCAUUACGUUGGACGUUUUGCCCCUUUCGGCGGGUUUUCUGCCACUGCCCAACAUACGGCUGUCGAAAUACAUUUCCACCAGCAAAUCGAAGGCGGAUGUCCAUCCCCGACUGCAACCGUUUCCACCGGGCCAGAUUUACAACUCAACAAAAAGUAUGCAAAUUCAUGUGCUUGCUAGCAGCAAUACAGAUGCUUAACUUGUUCUUGUUCCGUUAUAUUUAUCAAGUAAUUAUGUUAUAUGUACCAGUAUAAAAUAUAUUAUC